AUGUCUCACAUGAACAAAGUUCGUAUUGUUGGUUCAUAUUUAUCUCCAUAUGUAAGAAAAGUAUUAGUGUGCUUAUCUAUUAAAGGUAUUCCAUAUGAAAUUGAUCCAAUAAUACCAUUUUAUGGCAAUGAAGAAUUUUCUAAACUUUCUCCUCUUCGUCGUAUUCCAGUAUUCACAGAUGAUAAAGUUACAUUAUGUGAUUCAUCUGUUAUAUGUCAAUAUUUAGAAGAUCGUUAUCCAAGUUCAAAUUUCGUUUCAAUCUAUCCAAAUGAUAUUGUCAAUCGAGCUAAAGCAAAGAUGGUUGUUAUUAAACCGUUUGUUUGGAAGAAAAAAAGCGAUCAAACAAUAGUUGAUCGUUCAUUAAAUGUUGAAAUUCCAAAAGUGCUACAAUAUUUAGAAUAA